GAUUCUCGAAAUCCCAUCUCUAGUUCGCCCUGAAAAAAAGUGUAAAAUUUGUUUACAUUGAAAAAAGACGCAGAAGCGGAGCAGCGGACGCAGUUCAAUGAGGUGCUUAUGAGCUAACUAGCAGCAGGACGGCAGCCAAGGAACACGGGGACGAGGUCUGGAUCAGGAUCAGGAUUAGGAUCAGCAGAGGAGCAGAGCAAGGAGCCAGGAGCAAUCACAGGCUAGAAGAGGUUAGCGCAGCAGGUGACCUAGUUUACCCAGCAAUUGGACAAGAUUAGACGGCGUUUCUGUGGCAACUCCUACUGGGGCUGUUCUGUUGUGUGAAAUUGAACUUAGAGCAUCAACGUGCACUGCCAUUAGCCGUAACCUUAAUAUACAUAUAGACCUAUAUAGCUAACGUAAUUAGAGGAGCAGCAGCAACAGCAUGUCCAACUCCCACUACAACAACUACCAGCAGCAGCAGCAGCAGCCGCACUCCAGCAACGGGGAUGCGGAGUACCACAACCAGCAGAUGGUCCACCAGCCGCAGCGCUUCUCGAAUGGCCAUGGCGGCAUGAAGAGCGUCGCGGUGCCGGAUAUGUGCCUCUUCUGCUUCGAGGUGCUCGACUGCGAGCUGAACAACGUCGAUGGGCCAUCGGUGCCGGUGUUCAGCAACGAUGCCUAUCCGCUGUUCGUCACCUGGAAGAUUGGCCGCGACAAGCGGUUGCGCGGCUGCAUUGGCACUUUUAGUGCCAUGGAACUGCACCAUGGACUGCGCGAAUACGCUUUGACCAGCGCCUUUAAGGACUCGCGAUUCGCUCCCAUCUCGCGGGAUGAGUUGCCGCGGCUCACCGUCUCCGUUUCGAUCCUCCAGAACUUCGAGGAGGCCCAGGGCCACCUGGACUGGCAGCUGGGCGUCCAUGGCAUACGCAUCGAGUUCCUCACGGAGCGCGGCUGCAAGCGCACGGCCACCUACUUGCCGCAGGUGGCCACCGAACAGGGCUGGGAUCAGCUGCAGACCAUUGAUUCGCUGCUGCGGAAGGGCGGCUAUCGGGCGGCCAUCACCCAGGAGAUGCGAAAGUCCAUCAAGCUGACGCGCUACCGGUCGCAGGAGAUCCAGAUGCACUACAAGGAGUACCGCGAGCAUCAGGAGCGGCGCGCCCAGUUCGGCAAGGUGCAGUGCUAACAGCUGGACCGGCCGGCGGCGAGGCGAUGAUCCUGGCUGAGGGCAGGCCUGCUGGCCGUCGUCCUCCUGCUGCUGCUAGCCUUUGAGUUCGGCGUCCCAGAUUGGCGGCCGCUCGCUUGAGCCUGACUUAUGAGUUCGUACAUCUCCGCCAGCAAUUUUAGGCCCCCUUUUAUUAAAUAUAUACCAUUUAAUGCUUGAUAUACUUAAGCGGCAAAUCCGUAAGCAAUUUUGAUUGAAAAACAAAGAGCCAAAAACCCUGUAAUCGGAUUAAUUUUAUCAAUGUUGCAGCCGCGGCCUUGCUGGUUUCUCUUUUAAAUCAAACACACACAAACUAAAAACAAAACAAGCAUAUAUAUAGGGAUAUAUAUUACUGAAUCAAUACAAUACAAAAAUGCAGAUAUAUAAUUCAAGUAAAAUGUUCAGCAAUUAUAUUAAUAGAUUUAACAACUAAACCAAUUACAUUACUAAUUCUAAUUCUAUGCGCAUUAAAUAAAGGUCGACCCCAUCCGAGUCGCACAAGACAAUGCAAAA